GCCCCCUCCCCUCAACACCACAAUGCCGUAGACCGGACCGACUCGUCCAUGAAGCCCAGCAGGGAGCGCAGUGGCGAGGAAGAGGGCCGCGUGUGACCGACGGAGGGAGGAUGUACUGGGCUGCUGGCUUCGCCUCUUCCCGGCCGUGCGUAGUGGAUCUGGGCCGGAAUCACAGCCUCCCCCUCGGACUGUGUGUGUCCGAACAGCCGCAGUCGUUGUAUGGAUAUAUCAUCGCCUUCCCUUUGCAGGACUACGGCAGCAUCAUGACGGCUCUGGGCUCGGACUCCUGGUGGAAGAAGACCCUCUACAUUACCGGGGGGGCCCUCUUGGCCGCUGCAGCCUACUUGCUGCACGAGCUGCUUGCCAUCAGGAAGGAGCAGGAGCUGGACUCUAAAGAUGCCAUCAUCCUCCAUCAGUUCUCCAGACCAAAGAAUGGUGUUCCCAGCCUCUCACCUUUCUGCCUCAAAAUCGAGACUUAUCUGAGAAUGGUGGACCUGCCCUAUCAGAACUAUUUUGAUGGUAAGCUGUCACCCCAGGGAAAAAUGCCUUGGCUGGAGUACAACUACGAACAGGUUUCAGGGUCAGAGUUCAUCGUGGACUUCCUCGAAGAGAAACUGGGCGUCAACCUCAACCACAACCUCACGCAAGAGGAGAGAGCCGUCUCUCGAGCUGUCACCAAAAUGGUUGAAGAACAUCUCUACUGGACGAUCGCCUAUUGUCAGUGGGUGGACAACUUGGAGGAAACCCAGAAGCUCCUGGCAAUGAGUGGCCCUCUUAGUGACACCCUAAAAUGGGUGCUUAGCCGCCUGAACGGCAGCAUGGUGCGCAGGGAGAUGUACGGCCACGGCAUCGGUCGCUUUUCAAAGGAGGAAGUGUACGCCUUGAUGGAGAAGGACUUGAGGACGCUGGCCACCCUGCUGGGGGAUAAGAAAUACUUUAUGGGCUCCAAGAUAUCCACAUUAGAUGCCACAGUCUUUGGACAUCUUGCUCAGGCCAUGUGGACUCUGCCUGGUACACGGCCAGAACAACUCAUUAAAGGGGAACUGAUCAACUUAGCAAUGUUCUGCGAGCGGAUGCGAAGGAGGUUCUGGCCUGAAUGGUUUGUGGAAGUGGAGGACCUUUACUACGAUGGCGACAGCGAGAGCAGCAGCGGCACGGCAUCUCCGACAGGUCUGCUGGAUUUCGGGCUCUUCUCCAGGACUGACACUCUGGAGGACAGCGACGCCAGCAGCCACUCGGCCAGACACACGCACACACCCAACUCGGACCACUCACUGUUUGACUCCGAUGUCGGCACGGGGUCGGAUAAUGAAAUCCGGCUCAAGGAGGAAGCCAUGCCCGACCAGGAGGUUUGACUAAAGAGUGGAGCAGCUGUCGGCACAGCCUGCUGAGUUCUGAACAAUGGGACCACUGUUACGACUCGGUCGUAAAUACCCAACGUGUUAUAGCUUCCCUUUGGACAGUGUGGUGCUUGAAAUCCAGUCUGAAAAACUGAAUCUCUAAUUCCACAUUUUACCGCCCUGGUUUGAUUCGCGCCCCCCCCCCCCAAAAAAAAAAAAAUGUCACAAGUGUCAAAGUGGCAUUUUGUCUUUGCCUUAUAUGUGUGAUCUUGUAAUACAGAAGGAGGUUUGUGUUGGGGUUGGUGUAUAUCACGUAUCUCGACCUUUUUACCAUUUGUCUUAAAGCAGAAACCCAUGCAAAGAAGUUGAGCUUGAUCAUGUGUCUAAAAUGCUUAUUUGUUUAGUUAUUCCAGUUAUCUAGUUUGAGAUAUAUUGGAUCAUGCUAUUUCUUUGCACCCUACAUUCAUGGAAAGAUUACAUAUCAAAUUUAUGGUGAACUACUUCCUUUGCUGGCUGGUUGGAUGGAAAUUCAUUUCUCAGCAUCUGUGCCUGUUAUUUUAUUGUUGCUGUUGUUAUUGUUCAAUUGGAGGUUGGUGACACGGUGGAUGACUGGUUCGCAAAUCUGCCUCACAGUUGUGAGGACCUGGGUUCAGAUAAUGUGGACUUUGGAUGUUUUCCCUGAACCUGUGUGAUACUCCUCUGGUUUCCUCUCACAUCCCCAAUCGUGCAUUCAUUGGAGACUCUAAAUUGCUCUCAAGUGUGAAUGUAAGUGGAAAUUGUUGUUUGUUUAUAUGUAACGACCAAUUGCAGCUAGAACCCGCCUCUUGCCCAAAAUUGGCUAGUAUAGGCUCCAGCACUCCCGCGACCCUCGUGAGGAAAAGUCUGAAUGGCUGAAUUAGAGCUUUUUACUGUAAAUGAUGUAGGAACAUGGUGGUUGUAGUUAAUAAUAAUAACCACUAGAUGGCAAUAGCACCCUAGCUAUUAAUGAAGCCCUCCUGUCAAAAGAACGUUGUGGUUACUGGUAAGAAAAAAAGUCCCAGCCAAUGUUCAUACUUAAUAUUCGCGUACUGCUAUUAAGUGCAGCUACAGUUCAAAGUUGCUGUGUGAUUCAAACAAAUGGUUGAAAGUCUGCGCUUUAAUUCAGCAGUGUCACUUUGUUUUUCUUUAUAUAUGCUUCUAUGCCUCAAAUACAUAUAUAUUUUUAUUAUUAUGUUAUUUAUUGCUCUGAAAAGAGAAAUUAUUUUUGCACGCGUGGAAUUUUAUUUUCACCUUAUUUUUAUGUAAAUGAAAGCUUGGGGAAUAUGGUUUCAUUUGAGUUGAAAAAUGCUCAACAAAUAGGUAGAAAUAAUAAUGCAUUUUGAUUUAUGAAGCAAUUUAAUGUAGUGUUUGUGCAGUGAGGGCACUGUGCUACUAAAACCUCUUCUGAGUAGAUGUGAAUGUUGCCGCUUGUGUGAAUGUCAUCAACCGAACCGUUGAUGGAGGAAGAUUUCAUUGGAUGCAAUCAGAAUACCAAAUAGCCGAUGUGAAAACAACAUAAUAACUGUAACAUUCAGCGAUAUUUGAAUAUUUAUAAUAUACUGU